UGUCAUCGUGCAUUUUCAACGUGCAUUUUCGCCGACAUCGACACAAGAGUUAAACGACCCGUUUCGAAUUUCGUUUUUUUGUGAUAGAAAUAUAUAAUGGCUGUUCGUGUUUUGGGUGAAGAUUCGCAGUAUGCGUUGGAAAUGAACGCUGCCGGGACAAAAUUGGUUGUCGUCGAUUUUACGGCUUCCUGGUGUGGACCCUGCCAGAGAAUUGCACCAUUCUUUGAUGAGUUAGCAAGGAGAUACCCACGAGCUGUCUUUUUGAAAGUUGAUGUUGACAACUGCCCUGAAACUGCAGCAAGCAAUGGUGUUUCUGCCAUGCCAACUUUCAUCUUUUUCAGAAAUAAGGCAAAAAUUGAUCGUUUGCAAGGAGGAAACCCAGAUGCAUUGGAGCAGAAAGUUAAACAGCAUUAUGGUUCAGAAGAUGCAGAAGAAGAUUGCACUGUACAAGGCUAUUUGGAUCUGGCUACAUUCAUAACAAAGAGUGGAUGUGAGUGCCUCAAUGAGUCUGAUGAGCAUCCAUUAGCUGGUGCUCUUACAAGCAAUCCUGGAUAUCUUGAAUCUGAUUGUGAUGAACAGUUAAUCAUCUCACUCGCCUUCAACCAAACUCUGAAAAUUCAUUCUAUAAAAAUCAAAGCUCCAAAAGAUCAAGGACCAAAGACUUUGAGAUUAUUUAUUAAUCAACCACGCACCAUCGAUUUCGACUCGGCUGAGAGUACACAACCAACACAGGAAAUUGUUCUGCAACCCGGAGAUCUAGACGGGAAUCCGGUUCUUCUUCGUUUCGUAAAAUUUCAGACGGUUUCUAAUUUAAUGAUUUUCAUUAAAGACAACCAGACUGGAACCGAAACAACUCGUAUCGAUCAUUUGACAAUCUACGGAUCCCCACUUUCGACAACCAACAUGAGUGAUUUCAAACGAAUUGCUGGCAAGAAAGGCGAAGCUCAUUAAUUUCAAAAUUGCCAUCUGUGUAAUUCACCAACAAUUACAGAGUAUCUUCAUAAAAAGGAAUUCGAAUCAU